GACAUAGUCUUUUUAAUCUGUGUGUCAGUCUCAUUGUCAUUGUAUUGUGAAUUCUUAAAUUGCUUCUUUUUUGAGAAUUUCUAUCCGUCUUACUUUUUAUUGUUUGUAAAGUGAAAUUCAGUUUAAAAAGAUAUUAAAUAAUACUUUCAGCUAUGGCUGAAGACUUACGAAAUUAUAAACUUCAGCUGCAACAGGUGGAAGCUGCCUUACUCACAGAUGCUCAAAACGAGGAAUUGCUGAAGUUAAAAGCGGAUUUAGAAGAAGUAAUUGAGUUGACUCAAGAUCUAAUUAAAACUCAAGACGGUGAUUCCAAAGUGCCUAAUAUUCAUGGUUCUAGUAAUGAUGAUGUCGUUACAGCGUCCCUGUUGGCUGCACAUGAGGGGGAAACUGCAGAGAAGUCCUAUUCAAACUGGCGAGUGGGGGAAAAAUGUCUGGCUAAGUGGAGAGCAGAUGGCAUGUACUAUGAAGCCUUAAUAGAAGAAGUUGAUAGUGACAACUUGAAAGUUAAAUUUGAUGGAUACACAACUCUUGAAGUGGUUUCACUUCUUGAUGUGAAACCUUUGGGGUCAUCCUUGAAAAGGCCAUUAAGUGGCGAUGAAAGCAAACAUGGAAAAGGUUACAAUAGAGAGUAUCAAAAGAAGAAAAAACAAAAGAAACAACAAAGAUUUAAACAGAUUGAAGAAGAAAGAGAAAGUGAGAAGAACAAAUGGCUGUCUUUUCAUUCUAAAGCUGCCAAAAAAGCUGGAGUGAAAUCAAAAAGUAUAUUUGCGUCACCCGAUAACCUAACUGGAAGAGUUGGUAUCGGAACUUGCGGUAUAUCUGGCAGGCCCAUGACUGAAUAUACGCCAGGAGAAAAAUGGAAGAAAGGGGGAUAAUAAUUGUAUGUUUUAAUAGAAUCUAGUAUUCCUAAAUUAGGUCCCUUUUAAUUUCAGUUUAUUCUCUAUGUAAAAAGCAUGAAAAAUUGGUCACCUGGAUAACAAAAACAAUAUUUCUGUAGAUAUAGUUAUGUUAUAUAAAUAUAGUAAUUAAUUACCAUUUAAAAGAAAUAUGAUGAAUAUUGAAUAAGUUUUGUUAGAAGUGUAAAAUGGGCAAUAUCUAUAUACAUGUGUUUUAAAUUUAAAAAUAUUUAAUAAAUCACAUCUGAGUCAUUAUGAAUACUUUUGCCAAUAAAAAAUUCUCUUAUUAUAUUUUUAUAUUAAAUUUAUAACCAGUCAUACCAUAAACAACCGAUGUAUGCGGAAUAUAUAUUCAUUCAAAAUUACUAGAACUUACUAGGUACAACACUGAUGGGCCAAUCGAUAUACAUCGACGUGGGUAUAUGAUUAGGCCAUGCAUUUGUAUAAAUAUAUGGCUGUGGUAAUUUGUAACUGACUUACUUAUGAACUUAUUGACGCAGAGUUGUUUUUUCGUCGUUUAAACAAACCCUAUUUUACACUUCUAUCCUAUUAACCAUAUUCUUCAAACAAACCUGAGUACUUAGUCUAUAUGCAUUUCUAACGUGCAAUGGUCGUGCAAGGUUAAAGCUCUACCGUGGUGGUAAAAUGAUUCUUAUUUGUAUGCGAGUAGAAAACAAAAUGAACCAACCGUUUGCAUUAAAAAUGAGACAUCUACAUUCUGUUUAUCUAGAGGAAAUGUAUGUAAUUAUAUUUUACUAUAGUGAAAUAAUGAAAGUAACAAUGGAAACAAAACUAACAUUCACUACUUAUCUAAAGUUACUGUUAAAAGAAAACAUACCUUUUAUUAUACAUACUAUAUAAAUAUAUUUGAAAAUAUAUUUAUAUAGUAUGUAUAACAAACUGUAUAAAUAACUGUAUAAUAUGUAAAUUGUAUGUAUUAGGUUAAUAUUUUAAUUUUAUAUUCCUGCGAAAUUACUGUUUUUUUUUUAUCAACAAUUAUAAACUAAAAUUAUAAUAUUUUCAUUUAAAUCUAUUAAAUAAGUAGUUAAUAUUGGUCUUUACAAUAAAGAUUUUGCUGUGAAAUCAAAUUGAAAUUUUAAGAGAAUUGGUAUCUCAGAAUCGACCCUAUUAAGUCUAUGUAUAAACCUCAGGACUGUUAUAAGUUAAUAUAGGAAAUAUCUAUGAGUUUAUAAUUACUAUGCGUAUAAUCUAUAGCUUGCGAUGAUAAUAAACAUCGUAGACAGUAGAGUCUGUAUCUAUAUUGGAUCUGUAUCAAUUAUUUGGAACCCUCAUGAAACAAAAUACAAGAUAAUGAUAGAAAGAGUUCAGAGGAAAUUUGCACGUGUUCUAUAUAGUAAACUUUACGGCUACUAUCCUUAUUUGUACCCAUCACUGUUCGUAUCCGGUAUGGUAGGUCUAGACACGCUCGAGGUAAGGCGAAAGUGCAAUUUGAUGAUGCACUAUUAUCAGUUGCUCAACGGCGGAAUAGACAAUCCUGUAACUCUUAGCCGUUGUUCUUUGUACGCACCCCAACGCUGCAUGCGAUUGCGUGCUUGUAGACUACUAUCGGCACCGCCGGUUCGUACCUGUACUGCUCAGUUUGCUCCCACGUAUCAGGCUAUUUCUCUGCUCAAUUCUCUGAUUGCUCAGCAGCCAGAUAUUGACAUAUUUAAUUACAAAAGAAGUAUAUUUUUAAAAUGUUGUACAAAAUUUGUAAGUUUGUGAAAUAAAACUUUGGCUCACUACACGUUUUGGGAAACUGUAAGUGUAGUGAGAAAUUUUCAAAUAAAUAAAUAAAUAAAUAAAUAAAUAUGUUUAAUAAAACCAAGGAUCAAUACCUUGCUCCAAUCAAACAUAAAGCUAUACGCUAUGUGUUGACUAUUUAUGUGCUCAGGUUUUUAUAAACUGCAAUGUGUUAGGUACCUGCAUAUUAAAAGAUCUAACUGAUGCUAGCAUUAUAUAAUAUGUAGUCAAAAUUUUGAUGUGCUUGCGGCACUGUUUUGAACUGAUUAUUAUACCAAUAUGUAGAAUAAAUUAUACAAAAAUAA